CCGAAAGAUGCGACCCACAUGCAGCUGGCGUGGUGGGUGGGUGUGUCUGGGAGGCGCCACUCAGGCAGGAGUGACCCGUCGGAAAGCCGAGCGCCGAGGUAGCUGGGCUCCGUGCCCUGGGAUGACGUUCCCUGGCUUAUUUCGUCCGGCUGCUCUCUUUUGCGUGGAUCUCAGCAACAGGAAAUGCUGCUUUUUUUCCCCAGUGAAAUGGGCAAACAGCUCCCGGCCGGGGAGGGGGGUGAGGAUCCUGAACUGAAACAUGCCGGCCCGCUGGUGGAAAGAUGCUAGAAGCAGCCCCGUGGGAUUCCUCCGGCUACAGCCGAAAACUCUCCGCAGCCCCGACUAGAAGCAGAGUGGCCGAAUUUAACGCAAAACCGAAUCCGGGGCCGGGAGCACGUGAGAUCUCUCGCUAGCCGCUUCCCUCCGAAGCUCCCAACGCAGCAGCGCCGCCUUACGCCGACGUUGAAAUGGAAACGAACAACCAUUUUAACUUCCCUGGCCUCCCCACUGCCUCAGGACUGAAGCCCACCCCUUCCUCAGGGGACAGCGUCUACACUAACGGGUCUCCUCUCAACUUCCCCCCGCAAGGGAAAGGCCUGAAUGGCGACAUGAAUGGGAAUGGCUUAUCUCCUGUAUCUCACACUAGUACUUCAGGGACGUUCGCCUCUGCCGGGCACUCCCCCGACGCCUCCGCCCUCCCCCACCCGUACGACUAUCUCUGGAACUACCCGCCGUACCAGCCCGGCGGCCUCAAGGAGACCCCCAGCCUCGGACAGUACCCGCUCAACGGCAUCCUUGGGGGCGCCCGGCCGGCGUCCCCGGGGCACAACACUAACCCCAGGGCAGGGCAGGAGUUCUGGGCCAACGGCACCUCCGGCUCCAUGGGGCUGAGCUUUGAUUCGCAGGAGCUGUACGACUCCUUCCAGGAUCAGAGCUUUGAGCUCGUGCCAAACGGCGCCAGCGGUUUCUACGCGGCCGCCCAGCCCUCCCCCAUGCUGGGCUCCGGCGCCCAGCCUUUCUCGCCACCUCCGGGCCUGCAGGACGAGCCGGGCGCCGGCCAGGAGGGGUCCUUGGCGGCAAAGGAGAUGCCGCCUGCCGGCGAGGAGACCGGCGCCGCUCUGAUGGGCAGCCGGGAACUGGAGGAGACGCAGCCGGACCUGAAAAUGUGCAGCUACAGCAGCUCCGGGCCGGCCGUGGAGCCGCUCAGCCAGGAAGCUUCCGUCUUGUCCCCGGACACCGCUGGGAGCUGCCUGGGCGACGCCUCUGCCCUCGCCGGUGCCCUGGCAGACCCUCCCCUCCUGAGCGAAGACCCCCUGGAGCCCUUCGAGUCGCUGGCUAGAGACCCAGGGACCGGAGAUCUCUACGAGAUGGACAACUCCCAGCUGGUGAACGACAAGUCUUCUCUGGAGGCUGCCCCGGACAUCUCGACCCUCGAGUGCUCCGAGAGCCCCUCCCUGAACAACUCCAGCGCCUUCAGCCUGCUGCCGGACGACAGCCAGGCCCCCUCCUCGCUCUUCGUCGGCCCCGACUCGCCGCCUGUCCUGGGGGAGGCCGUCCUGCAAGACAGCAGCUUAGACCUGCAGGACGGGGGCGACCCAGGGGAGGAGGAAUCGGAGUCUCUGGAGUGCAGCCCCCCGCUGGAGCCGGAGUCCCCCUGUCUGGAGGAGGAGGAGGAGGAGGAAGUGGCUGAGGACAGCUGCCUGGAGGCUCCGGCCGCCCCGCUCAGUGCAUCAGCAAGGGGCGAAGUCCCCCGCAGACGGAUCGCCACGGCGGAGGAGGUUCGCUUCCCGCUGCAGCACGGGUGGAGGAGGGAAGUGCGAAUCAGGAAGGGCAGCCACCGCUGGCAGGGGGAGACGUGGUACUACGGGCCCUGCGGCAAAAGGAUGAAGCAGUUCCCGGAGGUGAUCAAGUACCUGAGCCGGAACGUGGUGCAGGACGUCCGGCGCGAACACUUCAGCUUCAGCCCUCGCAUGCCUGUUGGAGACUUCUACGAGGAGCGGGACACGCCCGAGGGCUUGCAGUGGGUGAAGCUGACCCAGGAGGAAAUCCCCUCGCGCAUCCAGGCCAUCACGGGCAAGCGCGGGCGCCCCCGCAACGCGGAAAAGGAGAAGGCCAAGGCCAAGGAGGCGCCCAAGGUGAAGCGCGGACGGGGCCGGCCCCCCAAGGCCAAGAUGGCCGACUUGCUGAGCAAGACCGACGCCAGGCUCCUGAAGAAACUGGAAGCCCAAGAGGUGCUCAGCGACGAAGACAAGCUGAAGAUGAGCAAGAUCAAGAAGAAGAUGAGGCGAAAGGCAAGGAACAAACAGAAGCAGGAGGCCAAAGUGCCCAAGCCCAAGGAGGCCAAGAAGAAAGCCAAGGCGAAGAAGGAGAAGGCGCGGCCGGAGAAGGCCAAGGAGAAGGGGCGGCCCAAGGAGAAGGGGCGGCCCAAGGAGAAGGCCAAGGCUGUGCGGAAGGUGGACAAGAACCUGCUGGCCCAGCGGCGGCUGGAGGAGCGGCGCCGGCAGCAGAUGAUUUUAGAGGAGAUGAAGAAGCCCACCGAGGACAUGUGCCUGGGCGACCAUCAGCCCCUGCCGCCAUUCUCCCGCAUCCCCGGCCUGGUCCUGCCCAGCGGUGCCUUCUCCGACUGCCUCACCAUCGUGGAGUUCCUGCACAGCUACGGCCGGGUCCUGGGCUUCGAGGUGCCCCGGGACGUCCCCAGCCUCUGCACCCUGCAGGAGGGGCUGUUCGGCGUGGACGACAGUCUGGGCGAGGUGCAGGACCUGCUGGUGCGGCUCCUGCGGGCUGCACUCUAUGACCCCGGCCUCCCUUCCUACUGCCAGUCCCUGAAGAUCCUCGGGGAGAAGGUGUCCGAGAUCAGCCUGAACCGGGACACCGUCUCCGAGAUCCUGCGCUGCUUCCUCAUGGCCUACGGGGCCGACGCCGACCUGUGCCACGGGCUGCGGACCAAGCCCUUCCAGGCGCUGCCCCCCGACCGCAAGGCGGCCAUCCUGGCCUUCCUGGUCAAUGAGCUCAACGGCAGCGCCCUCAUCAUCAAUGAAAUCGACAAGACUCUGGAGAACAUGUCCAACUACAGGAGGAACAAAUGGAUCAUCGAGGGCAAGCUACGCAGGUUGAAAAUCGCCCUGGCCAAGAAGACGGGCCGCCCGGAGUCCGAGAUCACGGGCCUGGAUGAGGGGCCCAGGCGGCGCAGCUCCCGGAUCACGGAGGAGAACAGUGGCCUGGAGGCAGAGGAGGAAGAGAGCCGGGGCCGGAAAUCCCGCAAGGAUGAGGAGGCCAGCAUUCCUGCCUCCAGCGUCCCCGAGCUGGAGAGACAGAUCGAGAAGCUAGCCAAGAGGCAGAUGUUCUUCCGGAAGAAGCUGCUCCACGCUUCGCAGACGCUGCGGGCCGCGGCGCUGGGCCAGGACCGCUACCGCCGGCGGUACUGGGUUCUGCCCCACCUGGGCGGGAUCUUCGUGGAGGGCUCUGAGGCAGCUGCGGAGGAGGGGCCCAAGGACACGGCGGAGGAGGAAGAGGAGAAAGAGGCUGCCCCGGAGAUCUGCCCCGUGAAGAAGGAACCGGUCGAGCUGCCCAUCCGCAGCCGGCUGAAGUGCACGGCCUCCCGGGCGCGGGGCCGGCCGCGGAAAAGCAAAGAGGAGCCGGCCCGGCCGGGCAGGCCCAAGCCCCCACCCCUCAACGGGCUCCUGGAGGACUCGCUGCCCCCCUGCCAGAGCCAGCACGACCUGAGCCAGUCGGCCUUCCUGUCCUGGCUGAGCCAGACGCAGUCAUCCCUGCUCAACGGCUCGGUCCUCACCCCGGACAGCAGCCCCGGGAAAGGGGACCCCAGCCCCCCUGCCCCCGAGGCGCCCGCCCUGGAGGAGAGCUUCCCAGAGACAGUGGAGAAACAGGGACCCUGGUUCAACCUGCUGCCCAGGACGCCCUGCCAUGCCUCUCCCCCCCUCACUACCUCCUCGGAGGAGCCCCCGGCUAGAGCCGCCCCCCAACCUCGCAGCCUUCACCCCGGGGACCAGCCCAAGGCUACGGGCAGGCAGCCGAAUGGCCCCACGUCUCCCGCCCUCGCGUCCACGCCCGUCCACGCCAGCCCCAGGGUGCCCAGCGCGUGCCCGAGGGGCCGGGGCGGAUCCGAGAAGGCCCAGGAGCCGCCGGGCCAGCCCAAGCGCCGGGGCCGGCCCCCCACCAAGUUCUUCAAGCAGAUUGAGCAGAAGUAUCUCACCCAGCUGAUGGCGCAGCCCGUGCCCCCAGAGAUGCAGAGCGGCUGGUGGUGGCUCAAGGACCCGGAGGAGCUGGAGGCCGUGGCCCGAGCGCUGCACCCGCGGGGGAUCCGCGAGAAGGCCCUGCACAAGCACCUCACCAAGCACAAGGAGUAUCUGCGGGAGGUCUGCGCCCGCGCCACUGCCGAUCCCAUCUUCCAGCCCCAGGCCGCCGGCCACCCCGUGUCUCAGGAAGCUUUGGCCAGGUGGUCCGUGACGGAGCGGGCCUACGAGAUGGACCUCGCCCUCCUGCAGUGGGUGGAAGAGCUGGAGCAGCGGGUCCUGAUGGCGGAUCUGCAGAUCCGGGGCUGGACCUGUCCGAGCCCCGACUCGGCGCGGGACGACCUGCGGUACUGCGAGCACAAGCUGGGGGCCCUGGAGGACAUCACCCUCAAGAACCGGCGGGAGGGGCUGCCCCCCUCCCGGGAGGCCACCAACCCCCUGGACCUGGCCGUCCUGCGGCUGGCGGCGCUGGAGCAGAACAUGGAGCGCCGGUACCUGAAGGAGCCGCUGUGGCCGCCGCACGAGGUGGUGGUGGAGAAGGUCGUGCUGAGCAGCCCUGAGGCGCUGGACCUGGGCAGCACGGAGAUUGCCUACGAGAUCACUCCCCGGAUGCGGACGUGGCGCCAGACCCUGGAGCGGUGCCGGAGCGCGGCCCAGGUCUCCCUGUGUAUCUACCAGCUGGAGAAAUCCAUUGCCUGGGAGAAGUCAGUCAACAAAGUGACGUGUCUGGUGUGCCGGAAGGGGGAUGACGACGAACACCUGCUGCUGUGUGACGGCUGCGACCGCGGCUGCCACCUCUACUGCCACCGGCCCAGGAUGACGGAGGUGCCGGACGGGGACUGGUUCUGCUCCGUCUGCAUCUCCCAGGCGGGAGGCGAGUAUUACGAGGACCCCAGUUCGCCCAGGCAGGGCAAGAAGCGGAAAAGCGGACGUCUCUUCGGGGGGGGCUUCCCGGAGGAGGAGGAGAGCCCCGGGCGCCGGGUCCUGCCGCGGAGGCGUGACACCCUGUCAGUGCCCCGCUACUCAGGGGAGGGCCUGUCCCCCUCCAAGCGGAGGAGACUGUCGCCACGUGGCCAGAGCAGCGACCUGACCUUCUGCGAGAUCAUCCUGAUGGAGAUGGAGUCUCAGGAGGACGCCUGGCCCUUCCUGGAGCCCGUCAACCCCCGGUUGGUGCCCGGCUACAGGAAAAUCAUCAAGAACCCCAUGGACUUCGCCACCAUGCGGACGCGGCUGCUGCGGGGCGAGUACGUGAGCUGCGAGGAAUUCGCCGCCGAUGCCACGCUGGUGUUCGACAACUGCCAGACCUUCAACGAGGACGACUCGGAGGUGGGCAAGGCCGGGUGCGCCAUGCGGAGAUUCUUCGAGAGCCGGUGGGAGGAAUUUUAUCAGGGAAAACACGCUCCUAACCCGUGAAGCGGGAGCCCAGGGGUGGGGUUGGGGACUGUGCCCCCUCCACGCUCCUGACCUGAGACCUGUCUCGUGCGGUUUGGGGUAGGGAGAGACACCCCCUCCCCCCCCCCCGCAAAAGAACUGACUCCGCUGGAGCCUAUUUCGCUGCCUGCUGAAUUCCCGACGGAGGCUGGUCCCGGCGCGGCGUGGAAAAGCCCCUCCCUCCCACACACACACAUACCAAGGGGCUUGGGGUAACGGGGCGUCUCCACGGCCCGGCUGCUCCAGCCCCCCCGAGCCACCUGGACUCACGGACUGUGGAAGCCAAAAACGAAAGAAACCGGGCGAUCGCUCGUCGGGUUCCUUUUCUACUUCACCACCACCUGACCCGGCAACCGAAGAAAGACGCCCCCCCGCCCCCUUGGCUGGGAGUAUUUAACAUAGCAAUAGUUCGUAGUGACCGUGUAUGAGGAUGGCACUGCUGUGUGCUGUCCCUGAGGCAUUAAUGGCCAGUAAAGUGAACUCAACUCCUCGAGAUUCGCGUCGAGCUUCACACCCGGACCCGCUCGCAACGACACUGGGAUGCGCUGCUUCCACACACAGUCCUCCCCCCGUCCCCGGCUCGCUGCUUCCCUUCCGGGACCUUUCCAUGCCUGCCCUUCUGUCCUUACCUUCCAGGGCCUUUCCAUGCGCCCCCAUUGCCCUUACCUUCCGGGGCCUUUCCAUGCCCCCCCGCCCCUCAUCAUCCUUACCUUCUGGGACCUUUCCAUGCCUGCCCUUCCGCCCUCACCUUCCUGGACCUUUCCAUGCACCCUGUCCCUCAUCGCCCUUACCUUCCGGGACCUUUCCAUGCCUGCCCUCC